UGUUGUUGUCCGUUCCUAUUCUUCUCAAUCAUAAUUACCAUCAGCCCUAACUCUCUCUCUCUCUCUCUCUCUCUCUCUCUAUAAAUAUAUAUAUAUAUAUAUAUACAUGCAAACUCUUUGAAACUUAUCUCACCAGCUCCAACACAUCUAUUUCCGUGACUUACAUUUCUUGUUGUUUUACUUUAUGUUAGCUCACCCAGGCUUCCUUUGACAAGGAUAUUUACUUUUGCAAUCCGGUCAUUGACUCGGCCAUGAAGCGGGCGAUGCCAUGGACUGAGCAUGUUGAUGUUAUAUCAUCAGGUGAAUCAUCUUCCUCAGAUGCAGAUGAUGGGUAUGGUUGUCAGCAGUCAAUCAAUGAUACUACAGUUAUCAAAGAUUUGACAUCUGAAGGUGCACUGUUCAAAAAGGCAGAAUUGUAUCAGGAAUACAUGAAACAGAUUCCAAUUCCGACACACCGUGGUUCUAUUAUUCCAUUUACCUCAUGGAUGGGACUAGGCAAUUCGAUUAAGCAGUUAUAUCAGCAACCCUUGCAUUACCUCACUAAUAUUCUCUUAAAGCAGUGGGACAAAUCAAGGUUUGACUCCGAAGAUGAGUAUAAGCCCCUGGAUACAGUCAUUCAUCCCUGUAAAGCUGAAGCCACCAUUUGGCUCAUUGAAGAAGUCCACCGCUGCACCUCUUCUCAUCAUCAUCUAGCUAAAAUCUGGCUUUCUGAUCCAAUGCACAAUACCUUCAUUGAUUCCAUAUUCCCAAAUUCAUGAACCACAUCUUGAAGAGCCAUCUGUUUUCACCCUUGUGUUGACUGUUUAAUAGAUGCUCUUUAAUUUCUUCAUGUGGUUUGGAUCUGUACAAUAUGAACUUGAAAUAAACUCAUUCAUCAGUUCUUUAUUUCA